CCGGUUCGGGCGGAAGUCGGGAGGGUCGGUGGUCCGAAGACGCUGGCUUGUGACAGGGCGGGGUAGAAGGAAGGCCUACAUAAAGGUUGCCUCUCCAUCCCUUCGCUCCCGGGAACCCUCGGAAAAAACCCAACACCCCGGUCCCGCGGCUAGCCCCUUCCCCCAGGCUCUCUCCGCUCGAUUUCGCCACCGUUAUGUGGGAAGCGAAUCCGCAGCCAAUCCACUUUAAAACAUGAAGGAAAAAUCCAGAAAAUAAUCGUAAAGCAUUCCUUGGAGAAGUUUCCAAACAUGAAUAAAAAAUAACAAGCCCCCUUCAUUGAGCUCAGGAGAUGUUUCACAAAGCAGAAGAAUUUUUACCCGGAACGGCAAAUAGUGAGAUGGAUGAGAUGGACACGUCAGACACCCAGUGGGGCUGGUUUUACUUGGCGGAGUGCGGGAAGUGGCACAUGUUUCAGCCGGACACCAACAUUCAGUGUACAGUUAGCAGUGAAGAUAUCGAAAAAAGCUUCAAAACAAACCCUUGUGGCGCCAUUUCUUUUACUACUUCCAAAUUCAGCUACAAGAUAGACUUUGCAGAAAUGAAGCAAAUGAAUCUCAUCACUGGAAAACAGCGCUUAAUAAAAAGAGCCCCCUUUUCUAUCAGUGCUUUCAGUUAUAUAUGUGAAAACGAGGCUAUCCCCAUGCCCCCGCACUGGGAGAACGUGAACACUGACGUGCCCUAUCAGCUUAUUCCUUUGCACAAUCAAACACAUGAGUAUAAUGAAGUUGCUAGUCUCUUUGGGAAAACAAUGGAUCGCCACAGAAUUAAAAGAAUUCAGAGAAUUCAAAAUCUGGACUUGUGGGAGUUCUUCUGCAGGAAAAAGGCUCAGCUCAAGAAAAAACGAGGCGUGCCUCAGAUUAAUGAACAGAUGCUCUUUCAUGGUACCAGCAGUGAAUUUGUGGAAGCAAUUUGCAUUCAUAACUUCGAUUGGAGAAUAAAUGGUAUACAUGGUGCUGUCUUUGGGAAAGGAACCUAUUUUGCUAGAGAUGCUGCUUACUCCAGUCGCUUCUGCAAAGAUGACAUAAAGCACGGAAACACAUUCCAAAUUCAUGGCGUCAGCCUGCAACAGCGGCAUCUGUUCAGAACGUAUAAAUCUAUGUUUCUUGCUCGAGUGCUAAUUGGGGAUUACAUAAACGGAGACUCCAAAUACAUGCGGCCUCCUUCCAAGGACGGGAGCUAUGUGAAUUUAUACGACAGCUGUGUGGAUGAUACCUGGAACCCAAAGAUCUUUGUGGUGUUUGACGCCAACCAGAUCUACCCUGAGUACUUGAUAGAUUUUUAUUGAUUUCACUUCCAAAUCUCAGUGGUCAAGGAAGUUCUAGUCUGUUUUGCAGGAAGAUUUGCUCUCCUGUCAUCUAGCCACUAAAUGUUCACUAUCUGAUACUUUUGAAACAGAUAUGGAAAAAAGUGGCGUCCAUAUAAAAAGGCAUACUGACUUGAA